AUGUUAAAAAAAAUAAAAGACAAACCACUUUCUUAAUUAAUAGCAGAGUUGUAAUAAAAGUAUUAAGAAGAUAAUGACUAAUCAAAUAUAUUCCAACAUAUAUAUUAGAAAUAAAUGGAGUAAGAGAGUUCAACAGAUUCCUCUCAUUUAUUACCUGCUUUACAUUCAGGAACAACUGGUUUUUAAUCAUCGAAUUCUUAAGAAGAUAAUUAAAUUUAAGUACUUUAAAAAGUUCAAAAGAAUAUCAAGAAAGAAAAGAAAAGUAAAAAAACAGGAAAGAUGAUUUAAGAUGAGAAAUAAGAAUUCUCUUAAAUAACUGAUAAAAAAGAAAUGUAAAUGAUAAGAAAUAGAAUAUCAGCAUAGAAUUCUAGAGAUAGAAAAAAGGCUUAUUUAUAAAAACUCGAAGAAGACUUUGUUAAUCAAUAAAGUUAAUUAUAAGAAACUCAAGAAUAAGUCAAUUAAUUAUAAUAACAAUUAGAAGAAGUUCAAAGAAUAAAUUAGUAAUUGUAAUAAUAGUAUUAAUUUCUAACAUGUUUAAAUUGUGGUAGCAAACAUUUAGGAUAUGAUGAUGAAAAUCCAAUCUCUAUUUCAAAAAAUAAAAGCAUUGGAAAAUUAGGGCUUUCAUUUUUAUUUAUCAUUGCCAUUAUAGGAUGCAUUUAAAUUGAUUUAAAUUUAGGAGCUUAAUAAUUAAAUUCUAUUUAAUUGGAAAAAAGUAAUGAACAAUAAAUCCGAAAUCUAAAUGUAAGUGAUGAUGAAUAUGGAUUAUUUAAUCAUGUUUAAAAAAGUAGAAUUAGAGGGAUGACUGAAAUCAUGGGAUACAAUUCAGAAUAUAAUUAUAAAUUUUUUGAUACAACAUAUAGAGCAAUUCUACACAGUGAAGAAAGUCUUGUAAACGGUUUGAUUAAUUUUAAUAAAGAAAGAAUUAAAAAUAAUAAUGGUAAAGCACUUGCUCCUCUUAAUUAUCAUUAACCAAGAGUUGAUUCUCUAUUUUGUCCUUCAAUUUAUAAAUAUGAUAAUCAAACUUAAGGGUAAGAUGUUUAUAUUAUUUUUACUUAGAAUUCGAGUUCAUUAUUAAGACAAUUAAUGGUUGCAUUUAAUUAUUCCAAAAAAUAAAGUAAAUAUAUUCUAUUAAACAACUGAUAAUUCAAUCGUUUUGAAGGAAAGCUUUACUGAUUCCAAAAAAGAGCAUAAAACAAUUUAUUAAGAGAUUUGGUGCCAGAUAAAGAGUGUAAGUGAUUUCUAUAUUUGA